AGAGCCAGGACGAUUCCGUCACGUCCCUCCCCAAAAUAGCUGCCCCUCGCUCCGUUGGCUUCCUCGGAUUGGAAAUAGCAACAUGGCCUUGCCGGUGCUGUGUCGGCUGGUGCUGGACCCGAAAUAGACCACCGUCGCGGCUCGCUCAAGGACCAAGACGUGAGUGGUUCCUGCGACAAAUAUGCCGCCGUGCUAUAAAGGCCCUCGCGGUCCCGCAGGUCGCACGCUUUCCAUGAGCCCGACUCGCUUCAUCCACGACCAUCCAGCCCCGCAGCUCCGGACCACGGCCGCCUCUGCAGCGACGCCGCCUUCUCCCACUGGCAUCUGGACAUCCCCCUCCUCAGCCCGUCUCUGUCCAUGUCUUCCAAGUUUGCCUCGGUGGUGCUCUUUACCGUCGGCACAUUGGCGCUCUCGAGAAACCAGCGCACCAAGGCGUUUCUGACGUUCCUCAAAUCGGCCCGGCUGGGCUGCGUCGAUGCUUACGGUGCCCUCGGCUUCCUCUUUGAGUUUGGCCUGACUUCCGAUAAACACCCGACUGCCGCUCCCGACCACAAAACCGCCGCCAGUCUGUACGAAUAUGCCGCCCAGCACGGCUGCAGCAUGGCCCAGGCUCGAUUGGCUUUCCUCAAAGCCCACGGACGCCCCAACGUCAAGAUUGACCAGCAGGCCGCCAUGCACUGGAAGACCCAGGCCAACCGCCCCAACCGACAGUCGAUUGCGUGGCUCAGAUAUCUCGCUCGUGCCGGUCUUGCGCACGCCCAGUUCUGCCUGGCCAUCUGCUGCUACAACGGCAUCGGCACCCCCGAGAACAACUCCAAGGCAUUCAAGUGGGCUCAGCUCGCAGCAAACAGCGGCCAGCCUGGCGCACAGAACCUGCUCGGCAACAUGUACAUCGAGGGCUCGGGUGUCUCCCAGGACUCCAACCUGGGCUAUUACUGGUACCAGCGGUCGGGCGAGCAGGGCGAGCCCUCGGCCAUCUACAACAUGGGCACACUCUACGAGCGAGGCGUGGUCGUGGAGCAGAGCCUCAGCAGGGCUUUUGAUUACUACCUCCGAGCGGCCAUCCUCGGCAGCGUCAACGCUCAGAACGUGCUCGGCAUCUUCUACGAGCAGGGCACUGGCGUCGCUGUCGAUGGCAACCAGGCGGCUGCGUUCUACACCAAGGCGGCGCUGAACGGCCAUCCCCACGGCCAAUACAACCUGGCCCGAUGCUUCCACGACGGGUUUGGAGUCAGCAAGAACAACCAAGAAACCGUGCGCUGCCUGGAGCAGGCUGCGAGCCAGAACCACCUCAUGUCGGUGCUGUCGCUUGGCAUCUGUUUCGAAUACGGCAUUGGCACAGACAAGAGUAUCGAUCGGGCAUUUCAAUGCUACUUCCAGGCAGCGACGCACAAGGACGGGCCCUAUAGCCGCAUGGCAAAGCGUCGGCUCAAGCCCCAUUAUGCCUUCUCUGUCCUCCGGGCUGCUCGGGCGCUGCUGUUGGGCUCGAAGCGCGAUCCAACACUGCCUUCGACACGGCUGACGGUCGCCGAUCUGCCUCCCGAGAUCCAGGAGCGCAUCAUCUCCUUCCUUGCUCCAGAAAGCAUCCUGAGUAUGCAGGAGCGCCGGACGCUCUUGGCGGUGGCCACGAACCGGGCGACCCUGCACAACGAGACCCGAUUCGAGCCCAGCAACAUCCGCCAGUCACCGCUGUCGGGCAGCCUCGAGUACACCCUGACGAUGCGGAGCGGCACCCUGACACAGGACCACAUCUAUCAGCAACUCAAGUUCCGGCCGAUCAAGCUGAUGUGCAACUGCGAGGGCGGUUGCCAGUUUAUUCGACAUAUCAUGACGGCGAUGGAGUAGCUUGCCACCUGUGCCCGUGCAUGGCAAUGCCCCCAGAAUGAACCGAGGCGCCCUGUUCUCCCUUUCUGUAUCAUGAAUAUACUCAUGCUUCGUUCCGACGGCGCUCCCUC